AGGGCUCUGAAUGUGGAUGAGGAGAGAUGGGAGGAGCAUGAAUUUAUUUAAGCUACAGCAAACCACCCAAUGCAGUAAAAGAUCCUGAAGGCUAACGGAAACCAGUAAAACACAAUGCGGUACUGAGGGAGCAGCAGCAAUGCACGGCUGGACAUAGAACACACAGGAUAGAGGGGGCGAAAGCACAAAGCUGCUCAAUAUUGGACCAUGCAGACCAGUCUCUGAUAAUUUCCAAGGCGGGUGGGUGGGGGGAACUGAAGGACACAGCCAUGCAGCUGGCUGCUUAUCUGCUCUCCUUGAUGUUCUGUGCCUUGGGGACCUUCUCUCUGGUUCAUUCCAGGCAGGAAGGAGCCGCCUUGUUGACGGAGAUGGAGAGAAGGGCUGAAAACCGAUUUCUGGAGAGGCAGAAUAUCGUCCCCCUCCGCCUGAUCCCCCGCCCGGAAGACGGCACCCAGACUGAGCACGGGGUGCUCAACACUCGGGUCAGCAGCAGCUCGGAUCGGAAGCAGUCCACUCAUGUUGCCCGUGCCAGCUUCCAGGUUGAUGCAUUUGGGUCAUCAUUCAUUCUAGAUGUAAUGCUAAACCAUGAUCUGCUGUCUUCAGAAUACCUUGAGAGGCAUAUCGAGCAUGGAGGAAAGACAAUGGAAGUUAAAGGAGGAGAGCAUUGCUAUUACCAGGGCCAAAUCCGAGGAAACUCAGAAUCAUUUGUUGCCUUGUCAACAUGCCAUGGACUUCAUGGGAUGUUCUGUGAUGGGAAUCAUACUUAUCUUAUUGAGCCAGAAGAAAACUACACUUCACAUGAGGAUUUCCAUUUCCACUCUGUUUACAAAUCCAGGUUAUUUGAAUUUCCUUUGGACGACCUGCCAUCUGAAUUCUGGCAAAUGAACACCACAUCACAGAAGUUCGUUGUAAAGCCAAGACACAAAAGGAGUAAAAGACAGGUUCAUCAGAUUUCACGUAAAGUUGAGGAGGAAACAAAAUACAUUGAGUUAAUGAUUGUGAAUGAUCAUCUAAUGUGUAAAAAACAUAGAUUAUCAGUCGGCCAUACGAACAGCUAUGCUAAAUCAGUGGUGAACAUGGCAGAUUUAAUAUAUAAAGAACAACUUAACACCAGGAUAGUAUUGGUUGCCAUGGAAACCUGGGCUACUGAUAACAAGUUCACCAUAUCUGAAAACCCAUUGGUGACUCUACGUGAGUUUAUGAAAUAUAGGAGAGAUUUUAUCAGAGAGAAAAGUGAUGCGGUUCACCUUUUUUCGGGGAGUCAAUUUCAGAGCAGUCGGAGUGGUGCAGCCUACAUUGGUGGAAUUUGUUCACUUUUGAAAGGUGGAGGUGUGAAUGAAUUUGGAAAGCCAGACUUACUUGCAGUGACAUUGGCACAGUCGUUAGGCCACAAUCUUGGCAUUUUCUCAGAUAAAAGAAAACUACUAACUGGUGAGUGUAAGUGUGAGGACACAUGGUCUGGAUGUAUAAUGGGAGAUACUGGUUAUUAUCUUCCAAGCAAGUUCUCCAAGUGUGAUAUUGAGGAGUAUCAUGAAUUUUUGAACAACGGAGGUGGCGCCUGCCUCUUCAAUAAACCAUCCAAGCUUCUAGAUCCUCCAGAAUGCGGCAAUGGUUUUGUUGAAGAUGGAGAAGAGUGUGACUGUGGUACUACUGCAGAGUGUGCCAUUGAAGGAGGAGGUUGCUGUCAUACAUGCACCCUAACUGCAGGCUCACAGUGCAGCAAUGGGCUUUGCUGUAGAAAGUGUAAAUUUGAAUCUAAAGGAGUUGUGUGCCGAGAUGCGGUAAAUGAUUGUGAUAUUCCAGAAAACUGCUCAGGAAACUCCAGCCAGUGUUCUCCCAAUAUGCACAAAAUGGAUGGGUAUUCAUGUGAUAACAAACAGGGUAUUUGUUUUGGAGGAAGAUGUAAAACCAGGGAUCGGCAAUGUAAAUACAUCUGGGGUGAAAAAGUGACAGCUGCUGACAGAUACUGCUAUGAGAAACUGAAUAUUGAAGGGACUGAGAAAGGUAACUGUGGAAGGGGCAAGGACACUUGGAUACAGUGCAACAAACAGGAUGUGCUUUGUGGAUAUCUUCUGUGUUCCAAUAUCUCUAAUGUCCCAAGACUUGGAGAACUUGAUGGUGAAAUCACAUCUUCAGUCAUACAGCUGGGGAAAUCCUACAACUGCAGUGGUGGCCAUGUUAAGCUAGAUGAAGAGACAGACCUGGGCUAUGUUGAGGAUGGAACGCCAUGUGGCCCAGAGAUGAUAUGUUUUGAGCGCAGAUGUCUCCCCACUGAUUCCUUUAACUUCAGCAUCUGCCCAGGCACUACAGAUGACAAAAUUUGUUCAGGACAUGGAGUUUGCAGCAAUGAAAUCAAGUGUGUGUGUGAUCGAUUUUGGGUAGGAGAUGACUGCAACACCGCUUACAAAGAUGCUUCAAUUUUUGAUGAAGAAAUGGCAGGCAAAGGUGUUGUUAGUACAAAUAUAAUAAUAGGGGCUAUUGCUGGCACCAUUUUAGUGUUGGCUCUCGUUUUAGCAAUAACUGGAUGGGGUUACAAAAACUAUCGGCGACAGAGACAAAUACCACAGGGAGAUUAUGUAAAAAAGCCUGGAGAGGCCGACUCUUUUUAUAGCGACAUGCCUCCUGGAGUCAGCACAAAUUCUGCAUCUAGUUCUAAGAAGAGGUCUGCUUUUCUGUCGCAUUUUCAGAUUUCUACCUGUUCCAUCACCCAUUAUUCCAUUAGUCAGAACAUUUCAUUGUUUUGCAGCAGGUCAAAUGGAUUAUCUCAUUCAUGGAGUGAAAGGAUCCCAGACACAAAGCAUAUUUCAGACAUCUGUGAAAAUGGGAGACCUAGAAGUAACUCGUGGCAAGGUAAUAUAGGAGGAAACAGAAAGAAAAUCAGAGGCAAAAAAUAUAGGCCACGGUCUAAUUCAACUGACAGGGUAUCCCAUGUAUCUGAGCCCGGGCUUUCUCUCGCCCACCAAAUCCCGACCCAAGGCAUAAGCCAAGGGGGUUCUCACCACCCCCAUACAGGGAAUCGGGACCACAGGUAUUUAAACCCCUGGUUCAAAAGAGAAUAUAAUGUAGCUAAGUGGGUAGAAGAUGUGAAUAAAAACACUGAAGGACCAUACUUUAGGACUCUGUCUCCUGCAAAGUCUCCAUCUUCCUCUACUGGAUCUAUUGCCUCCAGCAGAAAAUACCCAUACCCAAUGCCUCCACUUCCUGAUGAGGAGAAGAAAGCUAACAGACCAAGUGCCAGGCUAUGGGAGACUUCCAUUUAGUUCUACAGUUUACCUGGGUGACAACAGAACUGUUUACUUCAAAUUUUAUAGAAACUCAGCAUCACUGAGUCAUUCAUCUGCUCUUCAGACAAUUUGAAAGAACAACAGAGAUACCAGUGAUCACAGAGAGAACCUGCUCUCAUAUCCAAGGGGAAAAAAACAACAUGUUUUGCUGUUGAUUAGAAUUCUAUUAAAUCUAUAAAAAAUAACCAAAAGUCACAAAAAUUAACAUGGGAUAAAUAGAUUGAAUAUGAUAAGAUUAUUCUGCAUGUUGACCAAUAUAUGUAGAAAUACAACUAAAACUCAUGUACAAAUCCCAAAUAAAAGAGGUUUUUCUUUGGUUUAUGCAGUCCCAAAUAACAACAAAAUUGAGUUCAGAAUUUUGUAUUCUGAAGCACGUGACCAAUGUAAACAUUAUGCUAUGUGCAUGAACCCUCGGUUCUUUACUUUCCACAAGUAAGGGGAAAACCACGUACUGUAGCAGAAAUUAGCAUGCAGGAGUAAGAAAUGUAGGAUUUUGCUACAGGAUCUUAAGUUUUGAGAGGCAUAAAACUUCAAACAAACAAAAACUAUAUCUUUUUUACCUUUCAUGUUUAUAAUCUCCAUAUAUAAAUUGUAUAUAUGUAAACAUUUUAAAAUGUGAAAACAGCUGUAACACACAUGUAUUUUGCCAAAUGCCUAAAGAAUCAAUCAUGACUGACAUCAUCACACUUCAAGUGUUCCGACUAUUAUGAGCAGACAGCUUUGGAAAUACAACAGUUCUAGUACUGUAAAUGUGUUUCUCAGCAGACUGGUGUUUGACCAAAAUCUCCACAAUCUGGGAAUAUAUUUGUUAUAAUCACCAGAAAAAUCAAAGUUCAAUAAUACUUUGUCUUAAAUCACCACCUAAGGAACCAGCAAAAAUAAGUUGUCUAAUAGUGUUGUUGUGUUUUUGUCUCUUCUCUCACACUGGUGUAAAUCAGGAGCAACCCCACUGAAAUCAGAGCUGGAGUCUUUAACUAAUAGUGAACAUACAUUUACUGGAAAUUGAGGAGUAAUUUAAGGUCGUCAGUUAAGGGGGUGGAAGUGGGGUCUCAAUGACAGAUUUGGGAUAUGUGUGUGUAAAGCACUUCAGACCCAAUGCUGGAGCAACUUGGCAGAGUAUACAGGUUGUGAUAGGCAUGAUGCUAUCAUAGUGCUAUACAAAAUCUGAAAGCUGGGCAACUGGCCGAUUCCUCCUCCACCCCCCCUUUUUUUUUCCUGCUAUUACUUGUACCAUGUAUUAGCAUACUGAGUGUCCGUCCACACUGCUCCUGGGAGUAAGUCUCGCAGCACAGGUAGCGGGACUCACACUAGCAAGGCUUGAGCUAGUGUGCUAAAUAUAGCUAUGUGGACUUUGCAGCUCCAGCGGAGACUCAGGCUACCCAUUUGAGCUGAAACCUAGAGGUCGGGUGGUCUUGAGCUCAGUUGGCUCCGGAGUCUCUGCCAGAGCCACAGUGUCCACACAGCUAUUUUUAGAGUGCUAACUCAAGCCGCAUUCUGUCUAUCCUUGCUGGGUGGCUCACAGAUAGACACACCCCACAUGCAGCAGCAGAGGUCUCCUUUGCAGGUAGCAUGGGCCUUGAGCUGAAUACAAGUGGAUCCAGACCAAUGACAUUGAGGAUGCAAAAACAAACUCAUUACAAAGGAGACAUGGCAAGAUGGCAUUAACCUGACUGCUGGUCAACUGUGUGCUGUGUGCUAAAGGAUGUAGAGUAGAUAUAGUUACAACACCCAAAGGAUUCAAAAGGAUGCUGUAAAAUCCCUGGGCAUUUUCAAUUGUAAAUGUUCUUUAAAUAAUAAAAAUGGCAAUUAUAAUUCAGUUAAAACACCUCUCUUGUUAGUACCUCUCCAGAAGUGACAAACAUCCAGUCUCUGGUAAUUCUAUUGCAGAACAAAACAUCUCUUCUAAUAAGAAAUAUUAGAAUACAUGGACCACAGUGAUAUAAUCAGUUAGAUGCUGUCAGGAACAUAAUGUGUGCUUCUGAAUCUUCUACCUCUUUCACGUAAUUCCUUUAGUAAGUGAACCUACCACUUACAGCCUUUUAAUGUAACAGAGCUCAGUUUAUCAAAUUUCUCUCUGAUUAAAGCAAGUCACAUUUAGAGGAGUCUCGUGGCAUCUUAAAGACCAAAAGAUUUGUUUGGGCAUAAGCUAAAAACCACUUGAAGUGGGGUUUUUACGCAGGAAAGCUUAUGCCCAAAUAAAACUGUUAGUCUUUAAGGUGCCACCGAACUUCUCACUGUUUUUGUGGAUACAGACUAACAUGGCUACCCCUCUGAUACUUAGUCAAAUUUAGGUUAGUUUUAAAUUAAGGCAUUUUUUGUCAGCAACUGUUAAGUAAGUAAGAUUUUAGAAGUAUGAUAUUUUAUUUAUAAGACAGUGUGCAGGUUUACAUCUACACAACACUGGCCUAGCAGAGGAACUUAUCCUCUUCGUGGCAAGAGAUUUUGGUAAGGAUUGUGAAUUAUGACAAAUAUAAAUGAGAACAGGGAGCGUGGGUACGUUUGAAAAGCAUUGGCAUCUACAAUGGCUUUGGGCAAAGAUUCUGCACUUUAAUGCAGAUUAUAGAUUUGUCAGUACAGAAGUAUGUAAUUGAUUAGUUUUGGAACCGACGUGAAGAAGUGCUCUCUAUAGCUCAAAAGCUUCUCUCUCUCACCAACAGAAGUUAGUACAGUAAAAGAUAUUACCACACCCACCUUGUCUCUCUAAUUUUGCAAAGGUUUAGUCUGAACAUAGGCCAAAGACAACAGGACAGAGAACUGUUAACAUGCACAUCUUAUGGAAGAGGGGUCUGAUCCAUUGCCCACUGAAGUCAGUGGGAGUCCUGUUGCCGUCAAGGGGCUUUGAAUCAGGCCCUUAAAUAUUUCUCCUAAAUAAGGAAAUUCUUAUGUAAAAAUGUCCAACUCAUUGUUUCACCACAAGGAAGAUAACUUCUCCAUGCAUUAGUUUUUUGUUCUUAGUAACUGAAAUGUUUAUCAUGUGCCUUUUCUGAUAUUUAGUUUGAAUACAAACUAGUGUGUAAUUUUGAAUAAUCUUGUAUAUAUUUUUCUAUAUAUUCUUUCAUUCCUCCCUUUCCAUUUUCCCAUUAAGACACAGCAGGAUUUGGUGGCCGAAAUUGAAUGUAACAUAGUGGCAGAUUAUAUAACAUUCAUAGUACACCUCUACCCCGACAUAACGCUGUCCUCGAGAGCCAAAAAAUCUUACUGCCUUAUAGGUGA